AUGAUGCUAGUCAAAGCGUUGGGUAUCAAGUAUAUCUGGGUAGACGCUCUCUGCAUCCUUCAAGAUGACAAGGAUGAGAAGCUCCGCGUCGUCCCGAUGAUGGACCGCGUAUACGGACACUCGGUCCUCACAAUCUGCGCCGCCGCCGGCAGCGGUUCUCAUCACGGCAUACCAGGGUCGCCGUCUACGCCCCGCGAGGCCCGGCAGCCCAAUGUCCGGUGCAAUGGCAUCGACCUGGUGACCACCAAGACGGUCGAGGGGCUCGUCGAAAACACAAUAUGGAACAGCAGGGCGUGGACGUUCCAGGAGAGGAUGCUGUCCAAGCGGUCCAUGAUCUUUGUCGAGAACCGCGUCUUCUUCCAGUGCCGCCACGCGACGUGGUCCGAGGAGGUCUUUUCCGAGGUGCUCGCCCCGUCGUGGACGCUGGAAAUGAUCCGGUCUCCGCUCAAGUCGUUUGAGAAGAACCCGGUCAGGCUGUACCUAGAGUGCGUCGAGCUCUUCAGCGGCAGGCUCAUGACCUAUCAGGGCGACCGGUUGCCGGCCUUUGAGGGCAUGGCGGCUAUUUUGUCUCCGCCGCUCCGCGCCACCCUCUUUUACGGGAUGCCCGACUCCUAUUUCGACUUUGCUCUCUUGUGGGAGAAGAAGAUUUCCGGCCUCAGGCUGGAAGACUUGGGUGGUCGAUCGCGGUAUCCCAGCUGGUCGUGGAGUGGCUGGCAUGGUGCGUCGACGUGGCGGCUAUCCAUGGUCUCUGGUAUUUUGUUAAAUCUUCACGAGUGGUUGAAGUCGCACACUUGGCCAACCUUUAAAGUCGUGUGGUCGUCAGGUGAAAUCCACCACAAUCCGAACCGAUGGCACGGAUACGCCAGAGCCUCUGCAGAAGACAUUCCUUUCGGUCGCCGGAGUAGCCAGAGCGACGAAGAGCACCCAACAGAGAUCGCACGCGAGCCCCAACCAACCAUGCCCACCACAACUAUCCUGCGGGAAGACUACCUCUACUUCUGGACCUAUACCGCCUUCUUCCAGCUCUCCAGAACGAGCCGCAGCAGCCCGUCCUUUGCCUCGAAGCUCGAGGCGGGCCUCCACCGCUUCGGCCUCCUCGACCUCAACGGCGACUGGUGCGGCACUGUGAUCCUCGAAGACACGUGGUUCGCCCGCGUGGGCGACGUCGUCGAGCUCGCGGCUAUCUCGGACGCCAGGGACUUUUCGAUGGAGGAGCUGGAUACCUGGAACUAUUAUGUGCCCGAGGACCGCGAGGUGUCCGAGUGGCAUCUGUACUACGCGUUCGUCAUCACCUGGAACAAGGACCGCAGUGUUGCUGAGAGGGCUGGGCUGGCGAAGGUGUACCGGCGGGCUUUUGACGUGGCUUCUUUUCACCCGGGCAAGUCGUGGAAGGAGAUCACUCUCGGUUAG